AUGAACCCUUCCAAUCCACCACAAGCUGCCGAGUACGGUGGAGAUGAGGUGUCCGCCAUUGUCCUGGACCCGGGUUAUUCAACCACACGCGCGGGUUUUGCCGGUGAAGAUGCUCCCAAGUCGCUGAUCCCGACCUACUAUGGAAAAUACAACGCCGAUGGCCAAGAGAAGCUAGUCUUUGGCGAUGAUGUGUUUGUUACCCCGCGACCGGGCCUGUCCGUCCACAACCCACUUAACAAGGAUGGAAUCGUCGAGGAUUGGGAUAUGGCAGAGAGGGUAUGGGAGCACUCAUUUAUGUCCCGGCUCACUGGCACGAAAGCGGGCAACCCUUUCCAGAACGGAUUGAACGAUGUUGCGAACGACGAACUCCCCACCGAAAUGGAGGUGGAGUCAGAUGAGAAGCCUCUGUCGGACAGCCCAUUGUUGAUGACAGAGCCCGGAUGGAACCCAGCAAAGGCACGCGAGAAGACCAUCGAAAUUGCAAUGGAGAAAUGGGAUACCCCGGCAUUUUACCUCGCGCGCACUGGCGUUCUUGCUUCUUUUGCUUCCGGCAAGGCCUCCUCCCUUGUUAUCGACAUUGGAGCCUCAAACAUUUCUGUCACCCCAAUCCACGAUGGCAUGAUCUUGAAGCGAGGCGUGCAACACUCCCCGCUAGGCGGUGAUUACAUUUCGUCGCAAAUCAGCGCAUUGUUCAAAGCUAACUCCCCGCAACCGAUCACAAUCACUCCGCACUACCUUAUCAGUUCAAAGACCGCCGUUGAAGCCGGCCAGCCGCCCCAAGCGAAAUAUAAGACCUUCCCCGCUGACAAGGCGCCCGAUGCGUCAUACCGUGCCCUCCUCGAGGAGCGUACACUGGCCGAGUUCAAGGAAUGUGUCGUGCAGGUUUGGCCCGGACCGACCAGGCUCUCUGCCCCCGGUUCCAACGGCGUCUCCAACGAGGAUAUGGCCCGCACCUACCCCGGUCGCCCCUUCGAGUUCCCCGAUGGAUACAACCAGGUGUUUGGUGUCGACCGCUACCGUGUUGUCGAAUCUCUGUUCGAUGCCAAGGCCGCUAUCCCAGACCCUGACUCGUCUUUCCCUCCUCCAACACCCGCUCAGACCAUCCCAGAGCUUGUCAAGGCCUCUUUGGCUGGUAUUGAUGUCGACCUCCGCCCCCACCUGUUGGCCAACGUUGUCGUGACGGGUGGAUCCAGCUUGCUCUACGGUUUCACCGAACGCUUGAACCACGAGUUGAUGCAGAUGUUCCCCGGUCCGAGGGUGCGUGUCACCGCCCCUGGCAACACCUCGGAGCGGCGUUUCGGCUCCUGGAUUGGAGGAAGUAUCCUGGCCAGUUUGGGAACUUUCCACCAAAUGUGGAUCUCCAAGAAGGAGUAUGAAGAGCACGGGCCGAACAUUGUGGAAAAGCGCUGCAAAUGA